UAGCGGCCGGCAGAAGAACACGGUUCUUUCGGACAAAGAUAAACCCGUUCGCUCUAAAUGCUCUCACUUGCGCUGUUUUUUUCAUUGUUGUUUCAUGAGCAAUAAAGUCCGGUUCCACAUGUUAACAAUAUGCUCGACUACAUAUAUUUACACUUGGGGUGGCAAGGGCUACGAAGCGUUCCAGCUAGGGGCUCUAUCGUCAGUCAUGCACCAUACUUGUAGACGAAAUCCAAAUUCCGACUCAUGGCUUGUACUGCCAAUUUGAUCAAAUCAACUUGAAACAAUGCAAAAUCUACCGUUAUCGGAAUAAAUAUUGUUUUAGGUUUGAUUAUCGCACCACUUUCGUUUGAGCCGUGCUUCCGAUGUGAACGAGGUUGAAUUUUUAUCCGUGGCAACGUGCGAACAGUCAAUUCGUGUUUUCAGUGCCCAAGGUGGAAUCGGGAUACAAUAUAGAGAAGAAGCAUGUGGUGGUGGGAUACAUUGCUAACGUAUGUUUGCGCGAGUGUCAUCAUGGCGGUUUUCUACUUUCGAUGGACCCGAAGGAAGAUGAAUGCCAAGCUGGCCACCAUGUCCGGCCCACGACGACUCCCGCUGCUCGGACAUGCCCACAAAUUCUACCGAGCGACACCAAAGGCUAUCGCUGGCACGCUCAAAUACUUCAGUGAAUUUCCAUCGCCAGUGUGCAUACACAUGGGACCUCUACCGCAUGUUGCCAUCUUCGAUCCCGAACAGCUCCAGGUGGUUCUGCAUUCGCAGAACUGCCUUGACAAGUCCGUCCAGUACUCAUUCCUUCGGGUUUCGGAAACUUUAAUUAGUGCGCCAGGUCACCUUUGGAAAGGGCAACGCAAGGCAUUGAAUCCUUCGUUUGGUCCGGCCAUUCUAACAACUUUUGCCGACAUCUUCAACAACAAAUGUGCCAUUCUGACGAAACGACUGGAGGAGUACGCGGGGAAGCCGGAGCGUAACUUUUAUCGGGACAUUUCCAAGUGCACUCUGGAUCAAAUCUAUGCAACGGCCUUCGGCUGCGAUUUCAACAUGCAGACCUCGCUGGACGGCGAACGCUCCCUAGAUCUGCAAGAAGCGUACAUGAAAGUCAUGGCAAGCAGAUUUUUCUCGGUUUGGAAAUAUCCUGAGUUCAUCUACCGAUGGACCGCAGGCUAUAAGAAAGAGCUGGAGCUACGACGAAUCUAUCACGAAACGAUUACGUGCAAAGUUGUCCAACAGGUGAGCGUUGAGGAGAAACUUCACACAAAGGAAGAUAUGGACUUCAAAACCGAAGAAACGGGAAAAAGAAUUCCGGAAAACUUCAUCGAGUGCUUGGUGAAGUACUUGCGUGCGGAAGGCGAAACGUCGAAGGACGCUGUUUAUCCGCACAUCGAUAUGACUGUCUUCGCUGGGAAUGACACAUCGGCGAAAACCAUUUGUUCCAUACUGCUCAUGUUGGCGAUGCACCCAGAAGUGCAAGAACGUUGCUAUCAAGAACUGAUGGAAGUUUGCCCGGAAAAGGAUCAACAUAUAUCCUACAAAGAUGCAGCUAACCUCACGUACUUGGAAAUGGUGUGCAAGGAAACUAUGAGAUUGCUACCAGCCGUGCCCUUCAUGGCACGGAUAACAUCUGGAGACAUCGUACUUAAUGAUCAACACACCAUUCCCGCCAACUGCACAAUAAUUAUGGGCAUCUUUCAAAUCCAUCGUGACCCGCGGAUAUGGGGCCCCAAUGCGGAUAACUUCGAUCCGGACAACUUCCUGCCGGACAACGUGGCCAAACGUCAUCCCUAUUCCUACAUUCCAUUCAGUGCAGGUCCCCGAAACUGCAUCGGCACACGGUACGCGUACCUUUCGUCGAAAAUCAUGGUCGGCAGCAUAUUGAGGAAGUACCGCCUGAAAACGUCGCUCACCAUGGACAAACUGAGAAUCUCGUGCGGUUUGUUGCUGCACAUUUCCAACGGGUGCCAAAUGGCGAUCGAACAUCGGUAGCACUGGAUUGUUUGUUGUUUUAUUAUAAAUUCAGUUGAAACUUUGUUUGUUUGAUUUUGAUUGAAGACUUCCUUAAAACUUCUGUAGAAACUCAAGAACUUCCUCAUGUCAACUGCAGGAAACACUGACUGAACUACGAGAAUUUCCUAAUUUUUGAAUACUUUCCCCGAUCAG